AUGACCACUCUGCUCGAAGUAUUUCUAGAACGUCAUAAUUCUGUCCGCUUUGUGCGACUACAGUGGCAAGAUGUAUCUGGAGUCUUACGCGCGCGCGUUGUUCCUGUGAAGCAGGCGAGACGAUUGGCAAGCGGUAGAGCAACGAUGCAACUAGCACCACGUUCGCUUGAGUCGGCAGUGGAAAAUAGCGUGCUAACCGCUCCUACAAAUUAUUUAGGCAGUGAUAGAGGUUGUCCAGACUGGACUACACUACGGACGAGGACAAUGUUGGAUCCGCUCUAUGCCAGCGUCAUGUGCGGCAUUUCAAGAGAUCAGGGACCAGAGUCCAGGAGGAACGAUGUUUGCGCUCGUCGCUCUCUCGAAAACGUCUUGUCAGAAGCAUCCCAGCGAUUCCAGUUGGAGUUUCUUAUUGGUUUUGAAGUCGAAUUUGAGAUAUGGAGGCCCAACGCGAAUGGCAAGCUUGUCUUGCACAGCACCGGCUUGGGUGGGUCGGCGUGCUCUGGUCUCCGGCACGCCUGGUACGAUUACGUUGAGGAAGCCAUGCUGAUACUCUUGGAAGCAGGAGUCGGCUUAGAAGGGAUGCAUACCGAAGGUCAACAAGGGCAGUUUGAGUUCAACCUCGAACCAAAACCGCCCAUGGAGGCUGUGGAUGAGCUAGUCUUUGUUCACGAUACGCUCAAGAGAGUGUUUGCUCACCAUGGGUUGGUAGCCACAAUGUUUCCGCGUCCCGCAGCACAUCGAACGCAAUCUAUUGGACAGCACGUUCACUUAUCUAUCACGGAUCGCCCAGAAUUGGAGCAGUCUUUCCUCGCUGGAAUUCUACGUCACCUCCCUAGUUUGGUCGCUUUCUCUUUACCGUAUGAUUUGUCUUAUGAAAGGCUCCGACCUGGGCAAGGUGGCAGCGACAUCGUCGCCUGGGGAACGCAAGAUCGUCGGGUCUCUGUAAGGAAAGUGAAAACAGGCCAUUGGGAGCUGCGUUGUGUUGAUGCGACAGCCAACAUGUACCUUGUGCUGGCUGCAGUACUGAGCGCGGGCUUGUGGGGAUGCAUGAAUGGUGAAUUGCUGCACCAUCAGGAUACAUCGUCUUUGAGCGAGGAGCAGAUUACCGACAGCGGUGCUCCGUGUAUCCCCAGUACGUUCGAAGCCGCGCUGGAUCAGCUUGAGCGAGACUAUGAAUCUGAGGGUGGGGUGCGGGAGACGUUGAUGGAGAGCCAAGUCAUCUGUCACUACCUGAAAAUGAAGAGAUACGAGCGGUUUCAGUUGGCUCAGAUGGGAGAAGAUGGAGGAAGGAGCCUGCUUACUGAGGUGUUCUAA